AUGUCCGUAUCGGCCAAACCGGCCACCGAUCUGGACGAUCUGCUCGGCGAGGUUGGCCGAUUCGGACCAUUUCAGCUGUGGCAGUGCACAGUUCUGUUACUCCCCGUCAUCUUUAACGCGUUCUCGAAUCUGUGCUACGUUUUCACUGCCGGAGAUCUUCACUAUCGAUGCCACAUUGGGCAGUGUGAAAAUGGAACCGCAAACGAACCGUACAGCCCGCCCUGGCUCCGUGCAGCGGUCCCAUUCCGUGACUCGCCCGGAACGAGCGUUCCGGCAAAAUGUGAGCGUUACCAAGCGUUAGACUCCCGGCAGGACACACCCGAGGGGUUUGUUUGUGAUGCGAACCACUUCAACCGGAGCGCCAUCGAACGGUGCAGUGAGCUGGUGUACGAGGACCCAACCGAGAGGACGAUUGUUAAUGACUUCCACCUAACCUGCGACGAGAACCGAUGGAAGGUCACGAUGGUCGGGACGGUCCACAACAUCGGCCAAGUGGUAGCCCUGGCCCUUUCGGGGAUCGUUUCCGAUCGCUUCGGGCGCCGACUCACACUGCUCCUGAGCGUCGGUGUCGGAUCGCUGCUCGGAGUGGCCCGAUCGUUCACCACCGGCUACGGUUCCUUUAUGGUGCUCGAGUUCCUGGAACCCAUUUUCGGGUCCACCAGCUACACGACGGCGUUCGUGCUUAGCCAGGAGCUGGUGGAACCGCGGCUACGGGUCAUCGUCAAAAGUACGGCCCUGGUCACUUACGCCCUGGCCGAAGCGGCUCUCGGGCUGCUGGCGAUGCAGUUCCGUAACUGGCGCACCCUAUCGCUGGCCGUGUUCGUGCCGGGGCUCCUUUCGAUCCCACUCCUUUGGACCACCGUCGAAAGCCUAAGGUGGUUGCUAACGAAGGGACGCCACCGAGCCGCCAUCCGCAUUCUGCGCCGUGCGGCCAAAGCCAAUAGGCGGCCGCCACCUUCGGAGCGCCUUUUGGACCGGUUGGCCCAUCAAGAGCAACCGAAGGCGGAACAACAAAAGUCGUUUUUGCAGCUCCUUGCCGGAACGUGCCGCCACCGGCGGUUGAUGCUGCGGAUUGUGAACUGUUCCUUCUGUUGGUUCACCAACGCCAUGGUGUACUACGGCCUAACGCUGAACUCGGUCACACUGGCCGGCGAUAAGUACGGCAAUUUCAUACUCAUCACGCUGGCCGCCGUACCACCGGCGGUCGGUAUCAACUGCAUCCUGAACCGGUUCGGUCGGCGGAAAACGCAAUGUGGUUCGCUGAUCCUGUCCGGUCUGUUCUGUCUGCUGACUCUGACCGCCCUAAAAGAUAUCACCUGGGUGAACGUGUCCCUGUUUCUGCUGAGCAAGAUGGCCAUCUCGCUGUCCUUCUCGACGCUCUACAUCUACACGGCCGAGAUCUUUCCCACCAGCUUGCGGCAAAGUUUCAUCUCGUUCUGCUCGAUGGUCGGUCGCUUCGGCUCGAUGGUGGCCCCUCAGAUGCCGCUCCUGCAAACGAUGUGGGCCCCGCUACCGAUGGUCCUGUUCGGAACGGUCGCCGUAGUGUCCGGGUUGCUAAUUCUGGAGUUUCCCGAAACGACGGGCAGGACGCUGCCGGACACGCUCGAAGAAGCCAUCCAGUUACACAAACCGACCGAAUCGGUUGAAGAGACACAACUCAGCCAGCGCAGCGAUAACUCACCUGAAACGAACGGAAUGAAACAUGAGCCAUGA